CAAUACUUUUUACACCUCCAAGUAUUGAAACAGAUUUUGUAACAAUUAUACAAAUGUAUCAGAGUUUCUAGACACGAUCAAACUACAUAAUGAGAUAGUACGAAGGUAUAAAAAAGAUAAUGAGAUUUAAAAUUAGUACAUUGCUGAGCAGAACUCGAAAGUGUAUAUCAUUUCUGUGAAUUAAGCAAUUACACAAGCAAUAGAUCUGGAUUUAAACAAUAUUUUAUUUAAAAAUGUUUAUCUUAAUGUCUCAAAGCAAUAAAUCUGAAUUUUUUUUUAAUGUGUUUUUUAUUGUAAUUACAAUGAUGUUACUUGGAAUUGAAAAAGUUAAUGCUGAUGAUAGUUCUCCAGCCUUUUUUCUGAAAAUUGCCAAAAAUGUACCUCGUAUUGGACGAAGUUCGGGGGCAGAAAAUUUUUUUUUGAAAGCUUCUAAAAAUAUACCGAGAAUUGGAAAACGUGAAGAGUCGUCAAUCCUCGAAAACGGAUACACGUCAUCUCCAUACAACAAUGAUAAUCAGUUUUUGAAAGCAACGAAAAGAAGAAUUGGUUAUCCUGCUAACACAGGUACGGAAACAUGGACUUGGGAACAUUUUCCUCUCGCAAUAGAAGGUCCACCUGAAUUAUGGAGAACACUUGCAAGAUACAGUGAUGAAAAAGCUUUUGAAUCAUCUGACGAUAUCGACAAUGAAAUUCUACAUCGAGAUAAGAGAGCAGAAGAAGAAAAUUAAUUCCAAAUGAAAACAUAAUAAUUCCUGAUAGAUAUUUCCAACUUAAUCAUCAAAGGUCAAUUAUUUUUAUAAAUGGAAUAAUUAAAAUAGAAAUUAACUAGUAUUUUGUAGUGUUAAAAAGUGUUAAAAAUUGUACGCACCUUCUUUAAAUAAAGAGCACAAUUUUUAAGACUUAAAAUUAAAAAAAUUUAUAAACGAACAAAAUUAGUUAUUACGAAUAAAUGUAAAUGUACCUGUAUUCAAGUUAUAGGUGUUGGCAAAAUAUCUAAUAAAAAUAUAUUAUAGACAAUAA